CGCGUGACUGCGUGCUGUCUCCAACGGCACCGGCGGACGCGGCGGCCGUCAGCGUGUGUGACGCGUCGACUGACGGGGCCUCUGGCACCGGACGGGGGUCGGCGAGCGGUCUGUGAGCGGCCGAUGCGGCGCCAUGUGAGCGGUGAGGCCCGCCAGUGACGCCCGCGGACAAACAGUGACGGGCGACAGCGGCCCGCGUAUGGAGAGUCAGCUGUAGACAAACACACAGCCUCGUUGAUUACAGGCAUGACGCGUAUGUGGCAUUUGGCAUCCGCCUUGGUCCUAUGGACCGCCAUCGUCUUCCCCCUCACAGUCGACGGGUGCUCGGAGCCGCUGGGCCUGAUGACGGGGGAGGUGGAGGACUGGCAGGUGGCGGCCAGCAGCACCCUCAGCUCGGACAAGAACUGCAACACCAAGUACGCCCGGCUGCACGGUCCCAGCGGACGGGCCUGGUGCGCCGGCUACAAGCGCGAGGCCGAGUGGCUACUCAUCGACCUCGGCGUCGAGGCCACGAUUUCCAGCGUCAUGACCCAGGGACGUGGCGAUGGGAAGCAGUGGGUCACCAAGUUUGUUCUGUCGUACAGCGAUGACGCCUAUACAUGGAAGUUCACAAACGACAUCUACGGAAAAAAACAGACGUUCUCAGCCAACACGGACUCACACUCGCUGCGUCACCUGUACCUGGACGAGCCAAUCACAGCUCGGUUCGUGCGCGUCCAUGUGAUGGAGUGGCAUGGCCACCCCAGCAUGCGCUUGGAGCUCAUCGGCUGCCAAGAGUGUCGUCAGCUGAUCAGCGUGCCACCACACGCCAAGGUGACCGCCUCCAGUUCGCCCCGCUGGCGGAGGAGACGAUCCUGCCAGCCAGAGGACGGCGUCAUCUUCAGUAGCUCAGCCUGGUGCUCCAGGCACAAAAACAGAAAUCAGUGGCUUCAGUUCGACUUUGGCCCGCCACGCAAGGUGACCGGCAUCUUGACCUUGGGCCGCGGAGAUGGAAGGAGACAGCGGUACGUCACUCAGUACAGCUUGUCCUACAGCAACAACAGCGUCGUCUGGCACUUCUACAAGGACGACAACCACCUCGACCCAAAGGUGUUUGCCGGCAAUAUGGACAGGGCCACCGAGCGACGCCACUACCUCAACCAGCCGUUUGUGGCCAGCUAUAUCCGGCUUCACCCUGUUGACUGGCACAAGCAGAUUGCUAUGAGGGCAGGAGUACUGGGUUGUCCCAAUCGAGGUGCCUGUGGCCCCGGCUACAUCCGAGUCAACCAGGGGUCACCCUGCCUUGAGAACAUGGCGUACCAGCGGCCAACCUGGGUAAAUGACAAGCGCCAGAGAUGGAAGGACUGGACCUACGGCAACUCGAAGCUGGCUGUGGACGGCGACGAGAGUAACCACCUCAACAAGUGCGCCAUCCUCGACAACUAUUACGUCGACAACCCCGUCUGGAUGGUCGAUCUGGGACGUCGCAGGAAGAUGAACGGGGUGGUGAUGGCGCUCUGGGACGGCAAAGGCGAAGACAAUUCAACUCAGUACCGCGACUACGCCCUGAACCUGGAUAAGUUGAGCGUCUACGUCAGCAACAAGCAGCACGUGGUCAGCGUAGACGCUAGGUCGGGCAGCAAGUGCGACUAUGUCAGUCGAGACAACAGCGCACUGUUCCGGCCCCGUCUGCACGUGCCGUGCCCCAGGGAGCUGCAGGGCCGCUACGUCUACAUCAAGGCGUAUGGCGUGCCUAACCGCUGGCGCAAGCUCUUCACGGCCAUCCUGUGCGAGGUGAUGGUGUACUAGAGCCAGAGUGAGCAGUGCCAAACGGGCGGCGCUGGUAUGCGUCAGCGCCGACCAAGACUCGAAAACCCGGCUGUCGAGGCUUAAAUCAGACGCACUUAGCUUAGCGGAAUGCUGCGAACAGGAGUCAUCGGCCCUGGAAUGGCGACAAGCACGUUGCCGACCUGUGCUUGACUUCAGUGUGACGCGUCUUGUGGCGUCGUGGCCAUUCCACGUCUGGUGUAUUAGAUCAGUGAAACAUCAUAGCGAACAGCGUCAGUGGAAAUACUGGUCAUUGUACAUCCUCAACAUCCCCCUUUACCUCUUAUCGCCGCUUUGAAUCGAUGUCUCUGGGUCGUCCUACGGUGAGCGACCCCUUACGUUUCCCUUCAGUACAUGUCUGCAUCCCGCGUAAUGUAUCACCAUCGACCCGCUGUCGACGCGGCGGCCAUCAUGUUCAUAUUUUACAGCCUCAACAUCAUGGCAUGCUUGCUUGCUAAGAUGAUGCAUAGUUAUAGUCACUGGACUUACGAUUACGGCCACGGUGAGACUUUUCGGCCGAAGGCGUAUGUUGUUGCUUGCCUUGCUACUGGCGCUGUUACUCUUUCCUUGCUCGUUUCACAUACCACGCCGUUUCGGCGAAGUAAACGACAACGCUCACACACACACACACACACACACACACACACACCACACACACACA